AUGGGGUCGACCGGCAAGUUGUCCUGCAAAUGGACAACUUUCGUUGGUGUAUUGGCAGCCUUCAGCUGCAUGAUCGAGCCCGCAUUCUCGGUUAAGGAAAACGAUUUCAAGAAGUGUCACCAGUCUGGCUUCUGCAAGCGCAACCGUGACUACGCCGACAAUGCCAACUCUCUGGGUGCUACAUGGGCCGCCCCCUAUAACAUCGCCCCUGACUCCGCCAAGUUUGCCGACGGCCAGCUUCAGGCCGUCAUUCUCAAGACGAUCAACGAUGCGAAAGACACGGUCCGCCUUCCCAUCACCGUCUCGUUUCUCGAGUCCGGUACCGCUCGCGUGAGCGUCGACGAGGAGAAGCGUCAGAAGGGCGAAAUCGAGUUGCGACACAAUAGCAUUGCGCGGAAGGAGCGUUACAACGAGGCUGAGCAGCACGUUAUUGUUGGCGGCUUGACCCUGGACAAGGAGGCCAAGGUCGCCUACCAGGACAAAGACCAAAUCACUGUUCAAUACGGCCCCGACUCCAAGUUUGAAGCUGUCAUCAAGUUCUCGCCCUUCGGUAUCGAUUUCAAGAGGGAUGGUGCUUCCCACAUUAAGUUGAAUGACCGUGGUCUGCUUAACAUGGAGCACUGGCGUCCCAAGGUCGAAAAGCCCGCCGAGGAAAAGAAGGAGGGCGAGGAGAAGGCAGACGAGGCCAAGGAUGACCAGAAGAAAAACGAGCAACAGGAGGACGAAAGCACCUGGUGGGACGAGACCUUUGGAGGCAACACAGACUCCAAGCCUCGUGGCCCUGAGAGUGUCGCUCUUGACAUCUCCUUCGUUGGAUACGAGCACGUCUAUGGCGUCCCUGAGCACACUGGACCCCUGUCUCUGAAGCAGACCCGCGGUGGUGAGGGCAAUUACGGCGAGCCGUACCGGCUGUACAAUUCUGAUGUCUUCGAGUACAUCCUUGACAGCCCCAUGACUCUCUACGGAGCCAUCCCCCUCAUGCAGGCGCAUCGCAAGGAUUCCACCGUCGGCGUCUUUUGGCUCAACGGCGCUGAGACCUGGAUUGACAUUACCAAGGGCGAGAGCAAGUCCAACCCUCUUGCCCUCGGUGUUGGCUCCAAGACCAACACUCAUACCCACUGGAUCUCCGAGGCUGGCAUCCUCGACGUUUUUAUCUUCCUCGGUCCUACUCCCAAAGACAUCUCCAAGACAUACGGCGAGCUGACCGGUACCACCGCCAUGCCUCAGGAGUUCGCAAUUGGCUACCAUCAGUGCCGCUGGAACUACGUCUCUGACGAUGACGUGAAGGAUGUCGACCGCAAGUUCGACAAGUACAAGAUUCCUUACGACGUUAUCUGGCUCGACAUUGAGUACACUCACGAGAAGAAAUACUUCACCUGGGACCCUGAUAUGUUUAAGGACCCUAUUAGCAUGGGUGAAGCUCUCGACAAUCACGGCCGUAAGCUCGUCGUCAUCAUUGAUCCCCACAUCAAGAAUGUGGAUGGCUACAGCGUCAGCAAGGAGUUGAACGAUAAGGGUCUCACUGUGCUCAACAAGGAGGGCAAGACGUUUGAGGGCUGGUGUUGGCCAGGAUCCUCUCACUGGAUCGACUGCUUUAACCCCAAGGCUCUCGAGUGGUGGAGCGCUCUCUACAACUAUGACAAGUUCCCCGGCACUAUGGAGAACACCUUUAUCUGGAAUGACAUGAACGAGCCAUCUGUCUUCAACGGUCCUGAGGUUACCAUGCCCAAGGACAACAUCCACUACGGUAACUGGGAGCACCGUGAUGUCCACAACAUCAACGGUAUGACUUUCCACAACGCCACCUUUGAGGCUCUCCUCACUCGCAAGAAGGGCGAGCUCCGCAGACCUUUCGUUCUGACUCGCUCUUUCUACGCCGGUUCCCAAAGACUUGGCGCCAUGUGGACUGGUGACAACCAGGCCUCGUGGGAGCACCUCGGCGCUGCCGUACCCAUGAUUCUGAAUCAGGGUAUCUCUGGUUUCCCAUUUGCAGGUGCCGAUGUUGGAGGAUUCUUCGGUAACCCUGAUUCGGACUUGAUGGCUCGUUGGUACCAGGCUGGCGCCUUUUACCCCUUCUUCCGCGGCCACGCUCAUAUCGACGCCCGCCGCCGCGAGCCGUAUAUGCUCCCCGAGCCGUUCAGGGGCAUCCUGACCGCAGCUCUGCGCCUCCGCUACAGCCUGAUGCCCUCAUGGUAUACAGCUUUCUUCCAUGCCCACAGAGAUGGCAGCCCUAUUGUGCGACCCAUGUUUUGGACCCAUCCUUCCGAAGAAGCUGGAUUUGCCAUUGACGAUCAGCUGUUCGUUGGGUCGACUGGUUUACUUCACAAGCCUAUUGUCGAAAAGGACAAGGAGUCGGUGGAUAUCUUCAUCCCCGAUGACGAGGUCUACUAUGACUACUUCACUUACGAGAAGCUCGCGACCCAGAAGGGCAAGUAUCUCACUAAGGCCGUUCCUAUCGACCAGGUCGCCGUCCUCAUGCGUGGUGGCCACAUUUUCCCCCGUCGCGACCGCCCUCGUCGCUCAACCCAGCUGAUGCGCUUCGACGACUACACAUUGGUUGUCACCGUGAGCAAGAAUGGCGACGCCGAGGGUGAGCUGUACGUUGAUGACGGUGACUCUUUCGACUUUGAGAAGGGCCAGUACAUUCAUCGUAAGUUCAAGCUGUCUGGCAACACCAUCACAUCCUCGGAAGCCGAGGGCCGUGAUAGCAAGUCCGUCAAGCCCGGCUCUUGGCUCAAGGCCAUGAAGGAGGUGUACGUUGACAAGAUCGUCGUCGUUGGCGCGCCGGCGAGCCUCAACACCAAGGAGGUGACUAUCGAGUCGGAGGGCAAGAGCUGGUCCGUCCCCGUUCAGUACCACGCCGCCGAGAAGGGCCGUGCAGCGUACGCCUUUAUUGGUAGGGUAGCCGCUCGCAUCGGCGAGGACUGGAGCAUCAAGCUGGCCUAG